AUGACGAACGGAAAGAAAAACAAUCAAGUUGGAAACACGCUAUUUCCGGAGCGAUUCUUUAGGGACGGGAAACCUACCCUAAAGAAUCGCUCCGGAAAUAGCGACAUUAAUCCCUUCAUAGACAUUGAAGCAGCGGUUUCCGAUGAUGAUGAAAGUUCGGAAGAGCUUGAUUAUGAAGGGGGCCAACUACUGAAUGAUAACGAUGAAUACUCUGAGGAUGAGGAACGUGUUGCACACUCUCGGCUAUAUCAUGCCAUGCAAAAUACAGAUAACGCUGAUGAAUGGAGCGAUUUGUUGCCCAUGCUUCUGCCUUCACGCAUGAAAAUUCGUCCUGACAAUGAUAUAGAGCCAUCUAGUUCACGAGAACUUAUACAGAAAUAUGGCAAUCCCCAACCAGGAGGACUUGGUGAUAAUAAUUAUAUGCCUUCCGCGACUGAUAUCAUGUAUGAAAUAGGUUGCAAGGUUGGACGCGAAGAGGCCGUCGCUUUCAAAAUUAUGCAGAUGUCAACGAACCCUACAUUUUCCAUCAUCCUUGCCCGGUCUGUCUUCGCUCAAUCCUCAAUUCCUGGGAGAAUCUACGUCGAGGCGCCAUCAAUGCAACAUGCGCAUACGUUAGCCUGCCUCGUUAGAGAGCUUAAUCCGACACAUUUAGUUAGGCUAUCCUCGGAGAGAUGUAUGGAGAUCCUAUCUCAUCCCCCACCCUCACGCCCUGAAGACCAAUCGUGGGUCAAGGUUGCUGGAAAGCGUAAGGCUUGGACGACCUACGCAAAUGCUACCGGCCUUGUGUUCACAUUCCAGGGUCGGAAAAGUGUUGUUCUUAUCCCCAGACCUCCGGACAACAUCAAGAAAUCGCACCUCGACAGGAUAUUCCAGGAUGGAUUUAUUAUCACGGAUUUCGACGCCAUCGAUCUCAAAUAUCUUUCCAAUGUCCUCCCAACAUCGUCCGAGUUGGAGCAAUUUCGCGAGUGUCCAUUUGUAACGACGGAGACCUUAGCGCAAGCCUCGAAAGCCAUCUCCAUGACUCGACUGAAACGAUAUGAUCGAGUCAAAAUUAUUGGUGGAGAAUACUUAGGUCUUUUUGGAACGGUCAAGAGUGUUUCUGACGCUGAGGUGGAAGUGCACAUCCCCUCCCAAGGUAUAACACAAGCAGUUGCACUACACGAUCUACGUGCAGCUUUCCAGAUAGGCGAUAGUAUUGAAGUCGUUGAAGGGGAUCACAAAGAUCUCCAUGGAUGGGUGUCAGACUUUGAUGGAAGAUCUGUUUGUAUUAUCGCCCCAGAGCACGAACGCGAAGUCAUUGUGCCCAUCCACACAGUCAUAUUCUACGUCCCCCCUGCUCAUGCUACUCUUCGCCCGCGAAAGCGUCAUUCGUCAAAGCUUGGAGAAAGAGACCACAACGACGUCUAUAUAGGUUUGAGUGUCAUCGUUGUCGGGAAUAAUACAUUCAAGGGGUACUAUGGCAUCGUUAAAAGCACUACCCCCGACGGCUUUGCAGACGUUGAGCUGGAAGCUCGUAACCAGAGGGUGGAACGUAUUAAAAUAUCACAUUUAAUUAUACACAACCGAGAACAUAUAAAUUCCGCUCAAGACCCCGGGCCUUCUGGUGGAGCAACUCCAAUGCCGUCCACAGUAGCAAGUUUUCUGUCUCCUGCAUGGAAUCCGUAUUCAGCAAUACCUGUACACUCGGCGGUGGAAAUCGCAGAACUACCCUCAACCGUCGCUCACUGGCUAGAUACGAAAUACGAUAAGCUGAAAGGAUUACGAUUAAAAGUCUUAGACAAAUCCAAGGGCGACCAUCAAGUGGCGAUGGAACUUCUCAGCCUUACCGACAAUACUGCCCACCUAGCAUUACUGGGACGUACACUGACAUUACCGAAAUCAGUGUUGUUUCCAAUUCAUCCUGUAAAAAAGGACGACUUCGUUACACCGCUUGAGGGCGAUUCAAUGGGGAUUAUAUUCAGGAUACGAUCAAUAGACAAGGAUAUUUGCGUUGUACAUAAAUAUCCCGUUACUCGUAUGAAACGCGGUGAUACAUUCCCAACUUUUCCGACAACAUCUUUGAUUCAAAUCUUCCCCCCGUCCCGUGGUGUCAAAGUUGUAAAUAUGUAG